UAGCGUAAAAUAUAUAAGAGGUAGCAUCAAUAGAGUAAAUAUUUCGAUAUUUUUCGUGUUAAAUCUAUUUAAAUACCGUAAACACAAACAUAUAACUGCAAAUAAAAUGCAAGGUAAAAUUGAUGAAUCAAGUAUUGUCAAAGGAAGAAACACGGUAAAUCUUACGGCAAUGCUCCGACACAGCCGGCACACAACGGGAUGAGGAAAAGGAGGUGGACGAGCACGUGCUCACCGAGUGAUAGAAUUUUUUUUCGAGCCAAAUAAGGUGACUCAUUCUUAGUGGGGAAGUAACGAGCCAAUGAAAGCGCUCGGAAGUUAGCGCGCGAAGCGAGAUGAACGAAAAGUAGCGAGGGAGAGAGCGAGCUGGAGAAUACCUUUGAGGAAUCAAUGUGCGUAGCGUGUGCACGUGAUCGAGAGAGACGGCUAAAAUGAAUGGGAGACAGGGAGAGAGAGAGAGCAUGAAUGGAGCGAGACAUAAAAGCGGAGCCGCGUAUAGCUAUAUGUGAGGGCAAGCGAGAUGAACAAUAUCCUGCAUAUCGGAACAACUCAGUAACGUAUCUCGAACGUAUGAGGGCCAGGGACAAAGCGAUAACGCGUAUUUUUCGAGAAAUCCAUAGAUACGAGCAUUUUAAUCAAUUACCGCAAUUUAUUCGCAUACUCGAGCGUCGAGCUUGAGAUAAAGGAGGAGGCGCGACAGAGAUUACGCGGGCAAAGAAAAUAAUGAACGAGCGCAAAAAGACUUAACGAGACAGGGAAACAGAGAGGGGAAUCUCUGUAUUCGCGGCACGAAACUCCGUCGUUGUUACCGUCGUCGAAGUGCGUUUCUGUCGGUCGCCACGCGUACACCUGACAGGUGUGUUAGCAAACUCGAAACUUUUGUAUCGUUUUCUUAUCGAGAUCUAUAUAUGAAUUUCGACAUUUGUUCUCGUAGAGAACCGGCGAAAUCGCGCCAAUUAGCGUGACGAAAACAGAACUGUGAGAAACGUGCGCGAAUUCCGUCCUGACAAUUUAUUUUAUAUACGUAGCGAAAAAUCCUGAACUCUCUCAUCGCUGCAUCUGGCUGCGCUUUUUCGGAGAAUGUUUCUCGUUGCACCGAUUGACAAUAAUCGUUGGGUCUACGCGAUGCACGGAUUAGAGAAGCCUAUGGAUCAUGUCUCUGCCGGCGGUGUCAUGGCGGGCUCCGUUGCUACUUUGGCGAUCCUCUGGGUGUCCUUGCAGACGAUGGGGUUCCUGGGACAUUCCCAUACGAUCGGCACGUACAAGCUACCCGAGUCACUACAGAAUUAUCUUGCCAGUGGAUUACCAGCCAUUAACUACGGCUCCGAUGCCAUCGUGGACACGGGUCGUUUCGACAACCGAAGAUUUCCCAGGAUCGAUGGAGCUACUUUAAACAACUCGAUCGCAUUCGCGCAAAACCUAGUCAAUCACAUGAGGACCCUCGAGAGAAAUAUCGCGAACGCCGGUAUCGAAUUCGAGGCACAGAGUCCGGCUCAGAAACAAUUUUUGGAUUCCUAUCCUUCCGCAGGCUUUGAGAGGAGCAUCGAUGCUACCCUAGCGAUGAAAGCAUCGUCGUAUCUAAUGCACCAAAAUUGCCGAAGGUUCGGUUUAGAUAAAAAUGACUGCGCCCGUUACAUAUCAACACUCGGUCUGCAGGGCACCCCGCUCGGUGAAUCUUGCACCACAAUGCAUAGCGUGGAUUGCAAUGAAAUGUCAAAGUACCGCAGCAUCGACGGCACUUGUAACAACAUUGAGAAUCCGAGCUGGGGCAGCGCGAUGACCGCGUACACCAGAGUUCUGUUCUCCCAAUAUUUUGACGGCAUCCAAGAACCGAGACGUGUUGGACAAACAAAGAAACCAUUGCCAAGCCCGAGGCUCGUAAGCGCCGCUUUGUCCACUGCGAAUGAUCAAUCGGAUGCUAGCAGAACAUUAGCCGUAAUGGAAUGGAGCCAAUUCAUCGCCCACGAUAUAGCUCACACUCCAGUUCGUAAAAUGGUCUCAACUGGAAAACCGAUCUCUUGCUGUCAAUCUGAUGGAGAUACCCUGUCACCGCGUCAUAUUCAUCCCGAUUGUUCUCCUAUCAGUGUACCAGAUCGCGAUCCCGUUUAUGGUGAACAUUACAUUCGAUGCAUGAAUUACGUUCGCUCUUUACCUGUCUUAAGAUCGGAAUGCACUUUGGGACCAGCGGAACAGAUGAAUCAAGUAAGUCACUUUUUGGACGCUUCGACGAUUUACGGAUCUACCUUGAAGAAAUCUCGCGAGCUUCGUACUUUUGAAGGCGGUCAUCUUCGAGUUGACAUGCGAAACAAUCACGCGUACUUGCCGAGAGGAGAUGCCGAAUUCGCGUCGCAAUGCGGAGAAAAUUGCUACAAUUCCGGUGACGAUCGCGUGAAUGUUGAACCUCAAUUAGCUGUGAUCCACACAAUUUGGCAUCGAGAGCAUAAUCGUAUCGCCGACAAACUUGCCAAAUUAAAUCCAGAUUGGUCGGACGAAAUCUUGUAUCAGGAAGCCAGGCGCAUCGUAAUUGCCGAGAUUCAACAUAUCACUUUCAAAGAAUGGCUACCCAUUUUACUAGGCAGAAGAUACAUUCGCGCCGUCGGUCUCAUCGUAGGAAAUAGUUACAGUCGCAAUUAUAAUUCUGACGACGAACCAACGGUUAGCAACGAAGCCGCCACCGCAGCCUUACGUUUUCUGAAUUCAUUAAUGCAAGGAAAACUGAAUUUGCCGGAUAAUUCUCGUCAACAGAACAGAACGUUGAACCUGGCCGAGCACUUCUUUAAUCCACGCGUAAUCGAAUCGGACGAAGUGUUUGACGGAUUACUUCGCGGUCUCGCUACUCAAACUAGUCAGAGAAUGGAUAUUAGUCUUAUUUCAGACAUGACAAGCAAAUUAUACACUAGUGAUGGCAAUAAUUUAGGUUUGGAUGCUAUCAGCUUAGAUAUCGAGCGUGGUCGCGAUCAUGGCUUGCCAGGAUACAAUCAUUAUCGCAAAUAUUGUGGGCUUCCUACCGCCAGGACCUUCGACGAUUUCUUAGAUUACAUUCCUAUAGAAAUGGUGAAAAAACUGCGCGCAACCUAUUCCCAUCCUAACGACGUUGAUCUUAUUGUCGGCGGUAUGGCGGAAAGAUCGACAGACGACGGCAUGGUUGGUCCGACUUUCCGCUGCCUCAUUUACGAGCAAUUUUCUCGAUCUCGACGUACCGACAGAUUCUUCUACGAUUCCGCAACGCAACCGCAUCCCUUCACGCCUGAACAAUUGGCUGAGUUGCAUAACAUCUCCUUAGCGCGAAUAUUCUGCGACAAUGGUGACAAUAUCACCCACAUGCAGCGCAAUGUCUUUCUCAAGCCUCAAGCAGGAAACGAGUUGAGACGCUGCACGGAUUUCGACGCGAUACCCAGCGUGGAUCUGUUCGCCUGGGCGGAGAGAGCGAAAGCGUAUCGUUGAAGUUCUUGAUUAAUUGACUGGUCACACAACAAUUGCAUUCGUUCGCCCGUAGACGUAAUGCGGAUCUAAGAAGAGGAGAUAUGUGGUUUACGGGAAUAAGCGAUUCGAGCGCAGAACGAGUGCAAUCGCGCGCAAUUGGAAAAGCGAUCGUGUGAGAUUACAUAAUCAUCUCAUCAGAAUCGUUAGAGGGGUCGCAAUGACAAGUCAGAUAUCGCGCCCGCCAAGAUGAAGCGAUUAGAGGCAGUACAAGGGAGAGCAAACAGGCGAAAAUCACGUGACUAGUCGAUUAAGAAAAUAUCCGGAAUAUGGUUGAAACAACGAUGCAUAUGCGAAUUAAGCUGCAGAUGAGCGAACGGAAACAAACAAUCGACCGCGUAUCAUAGAAUUCUGUUAAUUGAGUUACAUACAAACAUUCUGUUCGUCAUUCUGUCACUUGCUCGCAGGGGAUUGUAUUUCGCGACAGUCUGAUAUUAAUAAUAUAGUCUGAUAUAGGCGCACCUUGUAGAUAGUCUCGUAUAUCUGUGAAAUAUAAUAUUGAAAGAGUGAUGGACAAUUAUAAGCGUAUUAAUUACACUUAUGUAGACGAUCAUAUUGAGUCGAGGCUUAAGUUAAAAGUACUUAGUGACUGAUCAAUUUGUGAUUAUUUAGAAUAGAUCAAUAUAUAUAAUAUAAUUUUUCUAUAAUUUAAUCUAUUAUAAGCGAUAAAUUGCAAUAUUGUCUCUCUUAUUAAAGAAGAUUAAAUCUCGAUUAAGAAAAAAAAUGCAUUUUUCCACUUUAUGAAAAUAAUUCGCAAAAUGGAUAAAACAAAGCUAUAACUGGAAGCAAUAAUUUAUUAAACGAAGGAUUAAUGUCAUAAUUUUUUUGUGCUCUAAAUAAGUCUGAUGAAUAGAUCAGAACUUUAUCAUUUUUUAUAGUUUCGUAUUGCUGUACUUCGUGAAGUCGACAUUUCCGAACGUUUUAAUAAGACACGAUGCUUUCAAAGGAUUUUUGAAAACUUAUGCAAUAUCUAUCAAAAAUAUUUUACUUGGCUCGUAAUUUUAUAAUAAUUUUGAUUUAUAAUUUGUAUUGUAGCAAUAUAAUAACAGAUUUUUAUAAAUCAAUUGUUCAAUUUAUUUUGUUAUAGUUUGUAAACAGAUAUUUAUGCGAAUAAAUUACAUUUUAUCAAGUAUAUAAAAUAAA